UGCCGUUGCACUACGCUGAACAUCUGUGAAGGGAAGCUGCAAUAGGAUUAGCAGGUAAGCACACACCCACCUGAGACGUCACGGACGUGCCGUAACCAUUGGACCAUAGAGGAGAUCCGGGGGCUUGGCAGCCCAAGCGAGCGGAAGGAUAGGAGCGGAACCUGGUUUCCUGUUUGUCUCCAAAGAUACCCGCACACGUUUACCCAGAGGAGGGGAUCUAUCCACACAAGGGGUCACGGCCGUAUGGGAAAAGACACAACCAGAGCACUGAGAGAUAUCAGGUAUUGAUGUAACUGGAGUGAAUAAGGGAACCUUCUUCCUGAGGACAGACAUUGGAGCCUGUUAUAAGCAUGAACUCAUUUGUGUUAGACAAACACCUGAAUAGUUCAUAUCCAUCCUUCACUACAGGAAGCAUCAGAAUGAUACCGCAAACUCCAAAAGUCUUAGACACCAAUGACCAUUCACAAACAUUGGGGAUAUCACAGCAGAUAUUUAAAGGAGAUGGUGAAUUUGCAGGAACUGGGCAGCAAUCAUUAUGUACAGAGAGUAAUUUAGUCAUCAAACAAGAGGACAACAUUUCUGACUUAUCUAGUGAAAUGAUUAUCCCAGAGGAUAAACCACACAUAUUUACUGAGUUUUCAAAACAUAUUAAAGAAGGGAAAAGUCUACAGUCUAGCCAAAUGAUUCAUACAAAGGAGCAACCUUUCAAAUCUACAGAAUGCGAAAAAAGCUUUAGAUGGAAGUCUAAUCUACUAGAGCACUACAAAAUUCACACAGGUGAGAAACCACACACAUGUACUGAGUGUGGUAAAUGUUUUACACGAGUGAAUUGUCUGAAAAGUCAUAAAAUGAUUCACACAGGAGAAAAGCCUUUCACAUGUACAGAGUGUGGAAAAAGUUUUACACAAAAGAGUAAUCUGAAAAAGCAUGAAAGGAUUCACACAGGGGAAAAGCCGUUCACGUGUACAGAGUGCGGCAAAUGUUUUACACUAAUGAAUCAUCUGAAAACUCAUAAAAAGAUUCACACAGGAGAAAAGCCUUUCACAUGUACAGAGUGUGGAAAAAGUUUUACACAAAAGAGUGAUCUGAAAACGCAUGUAUGGAUUCACACAGGGGAAAAGCUUUUCACAUGUACAGAGUGUGGAAAAAGUUUUACACAAAAGAGUAAUCUGAAAAAGCAUGAGAGGAUUCACACAGGGGAAAAGCCAUUCACAUGUAACGAGUGCGGCAAAUGUUUUACACUAAUGAAUCAUCUGAAAACUCAUAAAAAGAUUCACACAGGAGAAAAGUCUUUUACAUGUACAGAGUGUGGAAAAAGUUUUACACAAAAGAGUGAUCUGAAAAAGCAUGUAUGGAUUCACACAGGGGAAAAGCUUUUCACAUGUACAGAGUGUGGAAAAAGUUUCACACGAAUAGAUAAUCUGAAAACUCAUGAAAUGAUUCACACAGGAGAAAAAUCUUUCACUUGUACAGAGUGUGGAAAAAGUUUUACACAUAUGAGUAAUCUGAAAAAUCAUGAAAGGAUUCACACAGGGGAAAAGCCUUUCACAUGUUCAGAGUGUGGAAAAAGUUUUACACGAAUAGAUCAUCUGAAAACUCAUGAAAUGAUUCACACAGGAGAAAAAUCUUUCACUUGUACAGAGUGUGGAAAAAGUUUUACACAUAUGAGUAAUCUGAAAACUCAUGAAAGGAUUCACACAGGGGAAAAGCCUUUCACAUGUACAGAGUGUGGAAAAAGUUUUACACAAAAGAGCGAUCUGAAAAAGCAUGUAUGGAUUCACACAGGGGAAAAGCUUUUCACAUGUACAGAGUGUGGAAAAAGCUUUACACAAAAGAAUAAUCUGAAAAAGCAUGAAAGGAUUCACACAGGAGAAAAGCCGUUCACAUGUACAGAGUGUGGAAAAUCUUUUACAGAAAAGAGUAGUCUGAAAACUCAUGAAAGGAUUCACACAGGAGAAAAGCUUUUCACAUGUACAGAGUGUGGAAAAAGUUUUACACUAAAGAUUAGUCUGAAAACUCAUGAAUGUAUUCACACAGGGGAAAAGCCGUUCACAUGUACAUAGUGUGGAAAAAGCUUUACACAAAUGAGUAAUCUGAAAACUCAUGAAACGAUGGAUCACGUGACCACGGGCAGCCAAUCUUCUCCUGGAUACACCCUGCAUCACGCCUGGAUCCGCUUAGGAUUAUUCAGGAUACAUCAAAGGAAAAAAGUUGUUUCUUCUCUAUACUCUCCGCCUCCAGUGAUCAUUGGGUGUCUUGCUAAUCACACUGCAGGCGUUCCACACGUUGUCCAUUGUUUUGAUUUAUGCAUCUCUUUGGGUUAUAUGUUUGAUGAGAUUGCUAGUAUGGAGAUGGUUACUAGAUGGGAAACUUCCAUGACACAACUGAUUACUGAACACUUUGAGGCCUUGGAGCAUGACAUCUUGCUACUCCUACAACAACAUGAGAUAGGAGCCAAGCUAACCCUACCAGAUUGCAGUAGUGAAAGCGGUACUGGACUAGGACAAGAGGAACUCUUUUCGGACAGCGCCGCUUCCAUUCUCAAUAUUGUGGUGCAAACAAGUGACUGCCGUGAAGAGCCAUGCUGUGCUGACACGGACUCUGAGGCUAUAACCCCACAACUGCAGAUUGACCCAUUUUGGCUUAAAAACAUAAUGGCAGCCACAAGUCCAUUAGCUGUUGCGGAUAUUCCACUGCCUACUACAAGAAGAGAUGUAUCAGCUGUCGGUAGCAUGCUGAUCUCUAGCAAGCCUCUGCCGGAGGUGUCUAGAGGCCCUCCCACAUUUACUCUGCUGCACCGGGAAGUCAGGUAUUCUAUGGAGGGGCUACAUCUAUUCACACAAGCCCACACAGAGAUACCUCUAGACUUGGGGGUGGCGUCCUCCGACGGGCUUCCUCAUCGGGUCUGUGUCUUCCGAGGAGCGGAGAUGAAGUUUGAGACAUUGACCCUUGACCUAUCUCUGGCUGAAACCCGAAUCAAACGACUACAGGGUUGUGGAGGAGUCUGCCAUGAUAGUUCUGAAGUGGCAAAAGUUAUUCCCGGCAGCUUGGAGGUGCCCGAAUGCACCACCGGCAUAAUGGCAACUGGAGAAGUUGUGGCAGGGUCACCUGGAUCCACAUCAUCAGGGACAGUGGCAGUCUCUUCAUUGGCAGCGUCCGGAGGUGGUGAAUCAGUACUUGCACCACACAUUAGGGAUGAGGAUUCUUCUACAUCAGGGGAUUCAGAUAGUUCCACUGGGCUUAAGGAUGAGGGACACAGGAAAUUAUUUAGGAAGUUUCGGAGGUUGGUGGAUAAAAGGCCAAGGAUGGUAGGGGUGCAAAGUGUUCUACCGGGUAGCAAGGUUAUGGGGUCUACUGGGAUAACAGCAGUGCAAGAGGGUACUAGCAAGUGGAAAAAAUCUGGGGAGGCUAGUACAGCAGACACAUAUGCCUGCAUAGUGCAUUCAUUACAUUCUCACUUGAAACCCAGUAUAGCAAAAAAGAGGGCACUAUACAAACACCUGAAUAGUUCAUAUGCAUCCUUCACUACAGGAAGCAUCAGAAUGAUAACGCAAACUCCAAUAGUCUUAGACACCAAUGAUUAUUCACAAACAUUGGGGAUAUUACCGCAGAUAUUUAAAGGAGAUGGUGAAUUUGCAGGAACUGGGCAGCAAUCAUUAUGUACAGAGAGUAAUUUAGUCAUCAAACAAGAGGACAACAUUUCUGACUUAUCUAGUGAAAUGAUUAUCCCAGAGGAUAAACCACACAUAUUUACUGAAUUUUCAAAACAAAUUAAUGAAGGUAAAAGUCUACAGUCUGGCCAAAUGGUUCAUACAAAGGAGAAACCUUUCAAAUCUACAGAAUGCGAAAAAAGCUUUAGAUGGAAGUCUAAUCCACUAGAGCACUACAAAAUUCAUACAGGUGAGAAACUACACACAUGUACUGAGUGUGGUAAAUGUUUUACACAAAAGAGUAAUCUGAAAACUCAUGAAAGGAUUCACACAGGGGAAAAGCCGUUCACAUGUACAGAGUGUGGCAAAUGUUUUACACUAAUGAAUCAUCUGAAAACUCAUAAAAAGAUUCACACAGGAGAAAAGCCUUUCACAUGUACAGAGUGUGGAAAAAGUUUUAUACAAAAGAGUGAUCUGAAAAAGCAUGUAUGGAUUCACACAGGGGAAAAGCUUUUCACAUGUACAGAGUGUGGAAAAAGUUUUACACAACCGAGUAAUCUGAAUAAGCAUGAAAGGAUUCACACAGGAGAAAAGCCGUUCACAUGUACAGAGUGUGGAAAAAGUUUUACACAAAAGAGUAAUCUGAAAAAGCAUGAAAGGAUUCACACAGGGGAAAAGCCGUUCACAUGUACAGAGUGUGGCAAAUGUUUUACACUAAUGAAUCAUCUGAAAACUCAUAAAAAGAUUCACACAGGAGAAAAGCCUUUCACAUGUACAGAGUGUGGAAAAAGUUUUAUACAAAAGAGUGAUCUGAAAAAGCAUAUAUGGAUUCACACAGGAGAAAAACCUUUCACAUGUACAGAGUGUGAAAAAAGUUUUACAGAAAAGAGUUAUCUGAAAACUCAUGAAAUUAUUCACACAGGAGUAAAAUCUUUCACAUGUACAGAGUGUGGAAAAAGUUUUACACAUAUGAGUAAUCUGAAAAAUCAUGAAAGGAUUCACACAGGGGAAAAGCUUUUCACAUGUACAGAGUGUGGAAAAAGUUUUACACGAAUGGAUCAUCUGAAAACUCAUGAAAUGAUUCACACAGGAGAAAAAUCUUUCACUUGUACAGAGUGUGGAAAAAGUUUUACGCUGAAGCGAAAUCUGAAAACUCAUGAAAGAAUUCACACAGGGGAAAAGCCUUUCACAUGUACAGAGUGUGGAGAAAGUUUUACACGAAUGGAUAAUCUGAAAACUCAUGAAAUGAUUCACACAGGAGAAAAAUCUUUGACUUGUACAGAGUGUGGAAAAAGUUUUACACAUAUGAGUAAUCUGAAAAAUCAUGAAAGGAUUCACACAGGGGAAAAGCUUUUCACAUGUACAGAGUGUGGAAAAAGUUUUACACGAAUGGAUCAUCUGAAAACUCAUGAAAUGAUUCACACAGGAGAAAAAUCUUUCACUUGUACAGAGUGUGGAAAAAGUUUUACGCUGAAGAGAAAUCUGAAAACUCAUGAAAGAAUUCACACAGGGGAAAAGCCUUUCACAUGUACAGAGUGUGGAAAAAGUUUUACACAAAAGAGUGAUCUGAAAAAACAUGUAUGGAUUCACACAGGGGAAAAGCUUUUCACAUGUACAGAGUGUGGAAAAAGUUUUACACAAAAGAGUAGUCUGAAAACUCAUGAAAGGAUUCACAAGGGAAGAAACCUUUAACAUGUUUAGAAAGUAGGGUUGCUACCUUUUGCACAGCCGAUACCCUGACACUUUGCAAAUGGGCGUGGUAGAGGAUGUGGUUAGAGGUGUGGCUUCACACAACCUUAAAGGGACAUUCCAGACAAAAUUGUAAUCUAUGUGUAUGCAUUUCAGUUUUGAGUAGAAGCAUUUUCCAUCUUAAUAUGGGAAGAGUCCACCGCUGCAUUCCUUACUUGUGGGAAAUACUGAACCUGGCCACAAGGAGGAGGCAAAGACACCCCAGCCAAAGGUUUAAAUACCUCCCCCACUUCCUCAUAACCCCAGUCAUUCUUUGCCUUUCGUCACAGGAGGUUGGCAGAGAAGUGUUAGAAGUUUUCGGAGUAGUCUCUUUUGGAGGGUAGUACUCUUCAAGAUGGGACUGGAGUUUUAAGUAGUCCUGUCAGCCUCUCAGUGAGAGCAUGGAUGAAAGUUAGAGUCCGGAGAUGCAGGGAGAGUUUUUCUGCAAAACCAUCCCGACUGAAGGACUUCCGGUGGGCGGCCUUACAAGAUGGAUGCAAACUUCAGAAGCUCCGAAGAAAACUUCUUUUAUCUUCACUACUGCAGCCGUCAAUUCACGCCAUCUGCCUCUCCCUUGACAAGCAAGUUGUCCGGGAACAUUUAGCAGACAGAAGUAAUACCAGCUCUUCUACCCCGGAAAGUCAUUUUGAGUAAAUAAAAAGUUGGAGUGACUCAGCUCCAAAUUUCACUUAACCACUUACAAGGCCAUGGGUUUCGACAGGGAGAUAUCUGCGGCAUUGUCUGCAAUAUUUCUACCUAAAUUUGAGAACUUGCUCAACAUCUGUGAUAAUUUGUGUACACUGAUGCACAGCACGAGAAGCUACUGUGUAGCAGACACGGUUCAGAACAUCGGGCAAACCGGCUUCUUAGUAGCUGGUAGAAGUGCCACACCAUUGCCCUCAGACACACAUGGUGGUGAGACAACUUGUCAUAUGGGUGACCAGUUUUCCUCUAUAGACAAAUCUGACAACAUUCUCUCUCCAAAGGCUAAACAGACUCGGUUUGAAGGCUCUCUUACAACAUAUCCGCUUGCUUUGACAGCACAGACAAGCACUUCAUCAAUAUUACCCCCAGUGCGGGCUGUGACCCCUGUCUCGGAUAACGUAUUUGCUACUCACAAUUUGGAGGUCCGUUUUUUGCAUGUGGCAGGGAUUGCCGACCCGGCAUCUUCUGGUGGUGUUCAGGCGGAGGUCUCUCCUGAGUGUGGUGCAGGGGAAAUGAAGCGCGGCAAUACCAAAGUCAUCAUAAGGCUAAUUGAAGAAAAUGCUCUCUGUCCUGCACCAUGCGGGGGGCAUCCUAUGUACAUUCAGGCCCGCUUGUCUACUGGAGUGGGCUGACUCCUACUACGUGUUCCUGGGCUGCAGAUUGCUAUUUACCCUUUUGAGCUGUGGGUAUAGUAGAUCUCUAUAGUGAAAAACUCUGGCCCUGUUGGUCACUUAUUUUGCUUUAAAUUGUUUAACACUGUUUUAGUUGGUUUAUCUCAUUUUAUAAUUUUACUGUUUAUAAGUAUGAAACAUGCCUGAAAAGUAUGGAGGAUUCUCGGCUAUUCCCAGCUCCCUUUUUACACAAGAGUUUGCAAUACAGGAGAGACUCUCAAUGGAACUAUUGAAUAACAGUAUGCCGCUCUGUACAAUAUCAGCAAAUGCCAUGCGUUGCUGAGUUGAUCGAGGUCUCUUUGGUGGUUAUAAUAUACCAUGAUAAUAGAUUGCCAUACUACCCGCAGAAAUAUUGACUAAUUGACAGAGCCUGGGUCUGGUUGUUCCUCCGUUUUUAUGUCUUUAUGUUAUUGUUUUGUUUGUAUGUAUGUGUGUUUUUGUGUGUGUUUGUUAAUUUGAAUACGGCUGAGUGGCAGUACAAAUGAAGCUACUUAAUCAAUCCAAAUGUGUCCCUGUAGAUUAGAGAUUCUUUGGAUUUUGAAUUUGUUUAAAUCUCACAUUUUAUGUUACAGAUGGUACAUUUUACUAAAUCUGUGACAAGCAUUAUGUUAAUUAGCUAAUACACUUGGGUAAAAGUCGUUUGUAAAAGCAAGGAACCAACAUAACAAGGAAUCCAGAGCGGUGUUAUACUAGUUGUAUUUAUACUCUUAUCUUAGUGACAGUUCUUGUAUAGUCUCUUAGACUCCAUGGCUCUGUUUGAAUGGGGAUGAGCAUUAUCUUGCUGAACCUAUAGCACUAAUUAUUUAUCCACCUGGCCUCUCUAGUACCUGAGACCGUAGGUUAAGUCUAUUUUCUAUUAAAAUACCUGAAAGCAUAACUAACUGGGGUCUUGACCAUAAGGGAUCCUUUACUGGGACUCCUGCCAGUCUCACAUAUUAAUAGUAAAUUCUGCAUUCAAAUCUUACGUCCCUAAAAUUUGAUGACUAAGGAUUGGGAAUUUAGCAACUCAGCUUAUCAUAUAUCCUAUGAUUAAAACACAAUCUGACUCAGCCCUGUGGCUGUAAACUGUCAUUAACACCUGCACAUGUUAUUGCUGUUCUGUCUGUUUAUGUGUUGUUUUAUUUUGUUGGUUUGUUUGUUUGCUGUUUAUUGUUUUAAAAAAAUGAGACACAUUGGUUCUGUCCCCUGGACCUAGAAAUUACUUAUUAUACAUAAGCCCAUCGUAUAUGUAGGUAGAAUCUCUUUAUAUGGAUACAGGCUUAACCUCAGAAACAAUAAUGUAGACCAUAUCCUGUUUGGGUAUCUUUUCACAGGUAAAAUAUGUAUAUCUGUGUCACUUAAUUUCUCACUUUGCCCCUGUGAUUUACGAAAAGCAUUGUUGUAUUGUAGACCUUCCCAGGGAAACCAAUUGUAUACUGUAUUUACUUCAUGUCUCUUAAUAAAAAGAAAUUUAAAAAAAAAAAAA